AUGGCGACAUCACGCUGGUGGCUUUACAUUCAGGCCAUUUUCUGGCGCUUCCUAAUGCGCAUUGGCAUGUUCAUUCACGAUAUCACCCCCCCACGACCUCCGCGCCCGUCCUUUGUCCGAUCCAUCCCUGCCGACUCCGGUCAAAUCCGCCUAUACUUCUACACGCCACCCGACUAUACCACCAGUCGCAAAGAGGGUCGUCGCCUGCCUGUGGUGGUCAAUUUCCAUGGCGGAGGCUUCACCCUGGGCUGUCCGACGGACGACAGUCGCUGGUCGCGGUGUGUGCUCGGGGAGGUCGGCGCCGUGGUGGUCAGCGUCGGGUACCGUCGCGCCCCGGAACACCCGUUUCCCGCCGCCGUCGACGAUGGUGUCCGAGCGCUACAGUAUCUGGCUGCUCACGCCGUCGAUCUGGGUCUAGACGUCUCCCGCAUUUCACUCUCGGGCUUUUCCGCCGGCGGCAACCUCGCCAUCACCCAGCUCGUGGCAGCCGCCUCGACCAGCGAGCUCAACAUCGUCGCCAUCUUCUGCUGGUACCCUAUCCUCGACUUCGAGGAGUCGCGCGACCACCGCCGCGCCAUGAGUCUCAUGCCCAAUAAGACCCUUCCCGCCUUCUUCACCAACCUCUUCGACGAAUCCUAUCUGCCCAACCGCGAGGAGCGCGUCUCACCCUAUGCGUCGCCCGUACACGCCACGGACGAGGUCCUCGCCGAAGCCCUCCCGCACGAUAUCUUCUUCUAUAUCUGCGAAUGGGACAUGCUCCUCAAGGAGGGUCAGGUCUUUGUGCGUCGGCUGCAGAACAUCAAUAAACACGUGCGGGCCAUGAUGAUCGAGAAGGUGCCCCAUGCGUGGGAUAAAUCGCCCAAUCCGUUCCGGGACCAGGACCGGGUCGAUAUUCUAUACCGCGAUGCCUGUGCCGACAUGAAGCACAUCUUCGAUGCGUAG